AUGGCUUUCAUCCAGCAAGGACCUCGUAGGCCUCGUCAGUCUUCCCGCCCACAAGACACUACGUCGGCUUCCACAAGCUUCACAGAGACCGGAGCCACAUCGUACCAUUCGCUACGGCAGUCUACCACGUCCACUCCAACCGCCACAGCGCAAGACUGGAGUAUCGUGUUCCCAGGAAGGACGAGAUCAGAUCAUCAUGCCCAUCUCGAUGAUAUCGCCCAAAGCGUGAUCCCAUCCCAUGACGGAACAGGCAUCUUCGGAGAGUUGGAUACCGUUAGCGGCAGUACCUCACUGCAAUCACCUGCCUCUGCGUCGGACCAAAGAUCAGAUUCGAGCAGCUCGGGGCAAGCUCACGGCUACCACGAUGAGGACGAGAAUUUGUUUGUGGACGACUACCCUGAAGAGGUCUCAACAUCCAGCUCGUCAGGCCGGCCCCCCUCCCUUCUCUCUGCCAAUGAAGGCGCAGACCCUGCAUACGCACGCGGAAGCAAUGCCAGCACCGGUAGCAGCCGGUCAGCGGAUGCUGCACUCUCGCCCACCCUCUCACAUUUCUCUUUCGACGACGACGAUGCGCCUCGGCCCGCCUGGUCUUGGGAGCAGGAUGGUGAGACUCGCGUCCUGGCCUCUACCACUCCCCGCCAGAGAAGUCCCAGCCGCAUCCCAGCCCCUUUCCGGUCUUCUGUCAUCUAUGCCUCCGACUCCGAGGCAGAAGAAGUGGACCUCUCGGAUAGUCUACAGCAACGUGAAAGGACCUGUCCCGACUCUUCUCACGAAGAUGCUCAGUACGAAGAAGCCCUGGCUACUGCCCCUUUCGCAAUGUCAGCUGGCCUGUUGCCGCGUCGUGCUUCUCCCAUCAACCAGAACGCCGCUCGCCCAGAUCAUGCGUCCUCUCUCUUCAGCGGAAGCCAAAUCUCAGCAGGUUUCAAGCGCAGACAUCGUAGGCAGCACGAGGGCGGCAGUGUGCGGAGCAGCAAAAGCAGACGCAGUGAAGGCACAUUUGGCUUGCUUGAUGCCGUGUCCGCCUCUAACAGGAGAGGCGCAAAGUCAAGUCACAGCCCAAGACUGUCCGCUACAUCAGCGAAACAGAUUGACGCACACCAACGUCACUCGAAACCCGCAGCCGGUCCGAAUCCUCCUGCUACUGUGAGCAAGAAGGAGAAGGUAGCGAAGCUCUUUGGCAGGCUCUUCGAUGUAGACCCAGACGUCUACAAUUCUUUGAUGUAUGACGAAGGCCCGCUUGCCCUUACUCAUCAAGAGCGACAUGAAAGGGUGCGACAGACGCCGACCUUUGGCUUCGAGUACGAGCAGUCGGAACUCGGUGGCGAUGCCAGUGUCGGUGGCAAGCGCUGGAAAGAGCUCAUCGACGGUCGCAUUGUGGAAGACUCGGACGGUGAACAAGGAAGCGUCGACGAAGAGGAGAAUGUGCGAGAGGCCGAGCGAAUCGAGCGUGAGGUGGGUCCUGCUCACCCUCAGAGCCUCAACCCGAUCUCUGCCCUGAGCAGAGCGGACUGGUCAAGUGUCAGACCCCACGUCGCGACAGCGACUCCGCCCCACGAUCUGGGCCAGGCCGACCCCACUCUACAAGAAGCUAUCCGUCACACUAUCUCCCGAUCUGUCGAAAGCAGUCAGCUGCUUCCAGGAGAUGUCUCGGCGACACUGAGCCACAUUGCGCCCGAUCUCCCCGCGAUACUCUCUUCGUCUGCAGGGGCUCUGCACGAUGUGAUGCCCUACUUUGUGCCCUACAGUUGGCGUCUGCUAAUGAGGCUGGUCAGAGAGUGGCGUAGCGAAGAGAGGAGAGAGAAGAGCCCUGCGCAGACUGAUAAUUCAAGAAGCGCAGAUGAGGACCAAAGCAUCGAAGCCGCGUCACUUUCUGGAGCUGAAGCUGAGAGUACUGCUUCAGGCGAGGUAUAUGAGAAGAUGCGAGAUGAGACUGCGGGAUCAUCUUCAGUCGGGAGAGGGAGGAGCCGGGAGCGCAAGUCUCUGUAUGACUCUGUGGGGUCCAGCUGGAGUCUGGCUGCCUCGACCACGACUGCGUCAUCAGGCCAGACGACUAGAGGUCAAGGUGGUAGGUGA